AAUAGUAACCCUGAGGCUGGAUUAUGGUGCGCCGCUCCUUUUCUCUUCAAAAGAUUUCCCCUUUCUUCUCCCUGCAGAGCCCUCUCCCUCUCACAUACACCUCCCGCACUCUUUAACAGUGGCAGACAGAGAGAUUCGCUUCCACUCAGUCUUUUUUGUUAGGCCCUUCUUUUCUGCCCACGCGAGUGUGUGUGUAUAGAUAGAAAUCCACAAGAAGAAUUUCCGAAUUGCUGAGAGUGAGCGUUUUCAAGCGAGUUCCUACUUUUCUUUUUUCUCUGUGAAAGAAAUAUGGCAACAAGGGCAGCUCUGAAAUUCGCUAGAGAAUGCUCUGUGUACAGGAAGGCGAAAUCCAAUAAUCUUCCCACUCGUUGUUUUUCGACAGCUUCUACUAAUACUCACACUCCACAGCCUCCGAGUCCCAAGAAAGUCCCUCAUUCUUCCAAAAAGGGUAGGUUGUUUACAGGAGCUGCUAUAGGUCUACUCAUAGGUGGAGGUGCGUAUGCAAGUACUGUGGAUGAAGCAACUUUCUGUGGCUGGCUUUUCUCAGCUACAAAACUGGUCAAUCCUUUCUUUGCCUUUCUGGACCCAGAGGUUGCCCACCGAUUAGCCGUCUCUGCUGCUGCUCGAGGAUGGGUUCCGAUCGAGAAGAGGCAAGAUCCACCAAUAUUGGAACUUGAAGUCUGGGGGAGGAGGUUCUCCAAUCCAAUUGGUCUUGCUGCUGGUUUUGACAAAAAUGCAGAGGCUGUCGAAGGUUUACUCGGUUUAGGUUUUGGCUUUGUGGAGGUUGGAUCAGUCACUCCGGUUCCACAGGAUGGUAAUCCAAAGCCUCGAAUAUUCAGAUUGCGAAAUGAAGGUGCUAUCAUUAAUAGGUGUGGCUUCAAUAGUGAAGGAAUUGUUGUUGUUGCAAAGCGGUUGGGUGCACAACAUGGUAAAAGAAAGUUAGAAACAUCAAGCACUUUAUCUCCAGCUGUAGAUGAUGCCGUACAUGGAGGGAAAGCUGGUCCUGGAAUACUUGGGGUUAACCUUGGGAAGAAUAAGACCAGUGAAGAUGCUGCAGCUGACUAUGUACAAGGAGUUCAUACAUUAUCACAAUAUGCUGAUUAUUUGGUUAUCAAUAUUUCGUCUCCAAAUACUCCUGGACUGCGACAGCUUCAGGGGAGGAAACAAUUGAAAGACCUUGUUAAGAAGGUACAAGCUGCUCGUGAUGAAAUGCAAUGGGGUGAAGAAGGACCACCGCCUCUGCUUGUGAAAAUUGCUCCAGACUUGUCCAAACAGGAUCUUGAAGAUAUCGCAGCGGUUGCUCUUGCCCUUCGAGUAGACGGCUUGAUCAUAUCAAAUACUACUAUUCAAAGACCGGAUCCUGUAAGUAUAAACCCUGUUGCUGAAGAAACUGGUGGCUUGAGUGGGAAACCCCUCUUUAAUUUGUCCACAAAUAUACUCAAGGACAUGUAUGUUCUUACAAAGGGAAGGAUUCCUUUGAUUGGCUGCGGAGGUGUUAGUAGUGGUGAAGAUGCAUACAAGAAAAUACGAGCAGGUGCAACUCUUGUUCAGCUGUAUACUGCAUUCGCGUAUGGAGGUCCUGCACUUAUACCUGAGAUAAAGGCUGAACUUGCUCAGUGCUUAGAGAGGGAUGGUUACAAGUCAAUAUACGAGGCAGUUGGAGCAGACUGUAGGUAGCCUGAAAAUUUAUAUUCUUUCAUCUUUGGUCGGAAAAUCCAAUUUUUACCACAUUGUACACAGGCCACCAGGGAGAUAUCCCCUCCAAGAAUUUUGUGAAACUGGAGUUGUCUGCCAUUGAUAUAUAUAUCUUUCAUCUUUGGUCGGAAAUUCCUUUUUUUUUCAAAUUUGAGAGUUAAAAUUUGUUUGGGUUGUCAACAGAGAGCAAAACUUUGACAGGCUUGCGAUUCGUAUUGAAUGCCAAAA